CAGCUAGCAGCAUGUUUAACUGCAUACAUGUAUAUACCUAAUACCAACUACUCCGUAUAGGUUAGUGUUCGGACCUGUGCACAUACGGAUAGUUAAUUCCGUAAGGUACGCGACACCAUUACGGUACCUACCUGUUAAGAGUAAUCCGUACGCAGCAAGACCAACACAACUUUCAGGAAGGAGCGCUAUCGAGCGCUGUCCUGAAUAGCAAGCAAAAUAGCAGCUAAAUUACCAAGAUAUUUUUCCUUUUCAGCACCGCACUCGGCUGUUCCAGGCACAACCUGGAACUGGCCGUUUUGGAUCGUCUCCCGAAAUCAUUAGCAUCGACGCUGCGCGUUGAGGCUUCGACAUAGCCAAUAUGGCGGAUAUACUUUACGAGUUGCUCUUGACUCCAGACACGUCGUCGUCGUCGUCGUCGUCGUCAACUCCUUCCGCCCGGGCCCCGCCAGACCCGAGCGCACUGGAGUAUCUCAAGACUCUGGCCUCGCAACCGCUGUCAUCCCUCUCGUCAUCUGAACCGCAGGCACUCGCGCAAUCGUCUCACGGGCUUCUUCUCUCAUUGCAAGCGCUGUCCAAGAAGUCACACAAGCAGAUCAUCGAGUCUGCAUCUCACCAUGCAACACUGCGCAGCACACUGCCCGCGCUCGCCGCGAGCACUGCCGAGCUGCGCAACGCUAUUCCGAGGCUAGACAACGAAGCCGUCCGCUUCUCAACCACCUACAGCAAGAGCAGCGAGAGCGACGUGCUGGCACGGCGCAAGAAGGCUCUGCUCCUCUCACGCAACGUCGAGCGCCUGGUCGACGUGCUGGAGCUGCCGACCUUGCUCUCUUCAGCCAUCUCUACCGCGCCCGUCAAUUACUCGUCUGCUCUGGACCUGAACGGGCAUAUUCGCCGGCUGCACUCCAUCUACCCCAAGUCGCCUCUCGUCGAAUCGAUAUCCAGCCAAGCCGACGAGGCGAUGCGCACCAUGGCAGCCAACCUCAUUCUCUCCCUGAAAGCCCCUGGCCUCAAGCUAGCGGCCUCUCUACGAACCAUCAGCUGGCUGCGACGAGUCCUGCCAGACCUCGAGGCAGCAUCGGCGGUAGCAACCAGUCCGCCCGCCGCCGCCGCCGCUUCCGGCAGCUCCAGCACUGCACGAGCUCGUGAAUCCCAAGAACGCGUCCUCGGCGCGCUCUUCCUCGUCUGCCGCCUGGCAACGCUCAUGAACAUGCUCGAGGCGCUCGAACCGCUCCGCGAGCUGGCCGACCAAGAGAAGGCGCGCCAGCGGGCAAUCGGCAGCGGCAACGCCUGGUCGGGCGGCCAGCAGACGGAGCGGUACCUGAAGCGCUACCUCGAGAUUUUCCGCGAGCAGAGCUUCGCCAUCGUCUCCAUGUUCCGGAGCAUCUUCCCCGCCACGACGGCCGUCACCAGCGAUGGGCCCCUGGCAGGACCACCACCGCCGCCGCCACAGCAGCAACAGCAGCAGCAGCAGGAGGGAGGCGGGAGUGACCCGCUGGAACCGAUGCCCUCGGCGUUGGCGACGUUCCCCCUGUAUUUGGUGGACAUGCUCCUGGAGACGCUGCGAUCAUAUUUGCCUACCGUGAAGGAUCAGGCGGCCAGGGAUAGUCUGCUCACGCAGGUGCUAUACUGCGCAGGGAGCCUGGGACGGUUGGGAGGAGAUUUUGGGCUGUUCCUCGCUACGCUAGAUGUCGGGCCCGAGGCCGAGGACGAAUGGGUAGAGGUGGUCAAGAAGCAUCGGGCCCUGGCUGGGCGGCUAGAGUCCAUUGUCGGAGAGCAACGGAGGGGGACGGGGGACAAAGGCAUGGUGGGAUAAGGGCGGGCGGACCGGCACGCAUGCAACGUGGGGACUCUCAAAGUUCCCGGCUUACCGAGCAAUGAUUAUGAGCACUGUGACUCGGGCGUCAACUGAUUCCACUGCUCUCAUACGAAGUGUACACUACUCAUCCCCGCCUUAUUAUUAGUGUAUGUACGGAUUACAUGUCCAUACAUACACAACUUGAAUUAGUAUGUCCGUUGAUUGGCCGCGCGGGGACCCCGGGCCGCUCGUCAGCUC